AGUAAGCUACGAGAGCCGGGGCACACUGGUCGUUCCUGGCGACUAGUAUACUCGUUCAGAUUACUACGGUACUCGUCCCGCGUGUAGCGUCCUUAUUUGAAUUGUGUGUUGAACCAACGAGUUCCAGAUUUACUUAAUUACUGUUUGGAUAUCGUACAGAUUACGUGUGCUCAUCUAAUUACUAUGGAUAAUCAGAUACUUGAAACUUAAUUAAUAAAUGUUUCAGCCAAGAUUUUCGGAAUUGGACAUCGAAUGCACAAUGCUACUGAAAUGACGUCGUACCAAGAUGGAUAUUAUCACACGACUUUCCCGCUUCAAAUAUGGCGCCUACGUCCUUUUGGUCAUCAUCCAUAUUCCGAUACUGCAAGGAGAAGAACAAUCGCAAUGUCCAAGUCUGUCAGAAAAUCCGAUUUGUCCUUGUUACAAUUUUAAGGAAGGUCUUUUUCUGGAAUGUCCGAGUGCCUCUCCUGGUGUUGUGAAAAAUGUGUUAUCAAAAAUAAAAGGAACAAUACAAUCUUUAUCGAUUUACGAUUUGGAGAGUUCGACCACUGAACUGAAAGCAGAACUUUUCCCGCCUAAAAUAAAAAUUUCGAAUUUACAAAUCUCCCAAUCAAACAUAGAUAAAGUAAAUCCAAACGCCUUUACAUCGUUGUGUGAUUCAUUAAUAUCUUUGAGCAUUAUUUCCAGUAAAUUGCGUAAAAUUCCACAUGAAUCAUUUACGGAUUUGAAAAACAUUGAAGCAAUCGAUCUACAACUUAAUGAUAUCAACACUAUACAAGGAAGUAUAUUCAGUAAGCUGAAAUUGAAAAAGCUAAAUCUAAAAGGAAACAAAAUCGUCAACAUUUCCGAAAAUGCAUUUUAUAAUUUAGAUAAUUACCUAACUGAAUUAGAUAUUACAGAGAAUUUUCUUAUUAUUUUUCCUUUAAAAUCAUUAGGUAAGUUAAAUGAACUAAUCCAAUUGAGAUUGUCGUGGAACAAAAUCGAUACAAUUCCUGAUAACAUUAAUAUUAGUAUCCCAAAUUUACUGACUUUAGAUUUAAGUUCGAACUCUUUUACUUCGAUAGAAAAAAAAUAUUUUCACUGUAUGCCAAAGUUGAAGACGCUCACUUUCUUUUCUAAUCAAAUUGAAAAUGUCGACGGUGAAGCUUUUUAUCCUUUGCUAUUCUUAGAAACAAUAGAUUUAAGUAGAAAUAAAAUAAAAAGCUUGUCAAAAACAGUUUUUCAGAAUAAUCGAAAUAUUCGCACUGUGGAUUUAAGUCAUAAUCACUUACAUUUUGUUAAUGGUGUUUUUUCAAACCUAAGUCAUCUUUCAGAAAUAUUUUUAUCGGAAAAUAACAUUCUUGAAGUAUCCGAUGACGCAUUUCAUAAUGCUUUUAGUUUGAUGGUUCUUAAUUUAGAACACAAUGCAUUACAAAGAGUCCAUCAAAAUUGUUUUUCUUCUCUUUUAAACUUAACGCAACUACAUAUGGGAACAAAUUAUCUGAAAAAACUUCCACGAAAUUUAUUUCAAAGUAAUCGUAGAUUAGUAACGCUAAGUCUAGAUAAUAACGAUAUUGACGAAUUAGAUGAAUUAAUAUUUGAUAAGCUGGUGGAACUGAGGGAAAUACGUUUGCAGAAUAAUAAAUUAAGGCAGAUCAAGAGGAAUGUAUUUAGUCCUUUACCAGGACUACUAGAAUUGCAUUUGCAAAACAAUUUAAUUCAAAACAUCGACUCUCAUGCUUUCAUAACUUUGAAGAGUCUUCAACAUAUUAAUUUGCAGGGUAAUCGUUUAACUACAAUUGGCGAUGUAUUCCCAAACAGAAAUUCAUCUUUAGUUUCAAUUCAGCUCGGGGCGAAUUCUUUAUCAUUGUUGAAAAAUAGCUCUCUUCGAGGACAAGUUAACGUUCAAAUAAUGUGGCUGAGCCAAAAUAAUAUCAAUAUGUUAACUUCGAAUCUUUUUGAUGAUUUGUUAAAUAUACAGAGGCUGUACCUUAAAAAUAAUAGUAUUAUACAUAUAGAAAGUAAGACAUUUAUGUACUUAAGGAAAAUAAAAUAUCUAGACAUAAGUAACAAUAAGCUAGUUAAAUUAAGUAAUGAAACAUUUUAUCAACUUACAACGUUGGAAGAACUGUACCUACAAUGUAAUACCAUAAAUCAAGUUGCCAAAGACACUUUCCAAUUUCUAACUAAGUUAAAAAUUCUUGAUUUGUCGCAGAAUGAAAUAAUCGUUCUUGAUUUUGAUAUUUCUUCUUUGCCAAUCAAACAGCUUCGUCUUAAUAAAAACUUGAUAUCAGUAAUCGAGGUUGACUCUCUCAAAAGUUUGCCAAAUCUCAGCGAAUUGGAGAUGAAUAACAAUAUGCUAUCUUCAGAGAAUAUUAUACAAGUACAAGUCCCGGGCUUGAAAUCGUUAAUGAUUUCGACAAACAAUUUUAGUUUAUUAGAUAAUAAAACAUUCUCACGUCUUCCGUCAAUUCAAACUCUUUCCCUUGAAAUGUCUAACAUAUCCCACUUACCUCCAACGGUAUUUAUAAAAAAUCAAAAUCUUUUGAGAGUUAAUUUGGCUUUUAAUAAGUUGAAAGAUUUACAUAAAGACGUAUUUGCGUACACAACGAUUUUGCAAGAAUUGAAUUUGAAAGGGAACAAUUUCGCUGAUUUCCCGCACGUUGCACUUUUUAAUAUAUCAUCUUUGGAAAUUCUAAAUUUGUGCCAUAACCAACUACACAGUGUAGACUUUUUUAAAUUUAUUGGCCUACAAAAUCUAAGAACAUUGAUUUUAUGUGACAACCGUAUUUCAAUGCUAAAUGGAUUCAAUUCACCAUUAUUGAAGAAUCUUUUAGUUUUAAAUUUAAGUAGAAAUAGGCUGACAGUUCUUCCACCGAAUUUUUUUCAACAUUCUUUAGGUUUAAAAGAAAUCGACCUAUCACACAACCUAUUUAAUCAAAUUCCAAGCAAUGGUUUAUCUGAAACUGUUCUGCCCGCUUUGACAACUCUAAAUAUGUCGUCUAACUCAUUGAUCCAGUUAUUACAAAGCCCAAAAUUAUUUCCGGCUUUAGAAGAGUUAGUUGUAACAAAAACGAAUCUGACAAUCAUAACCAGCACUGAUUUCGAGAAUUUUCCUGCAUUAAGAAGAUUGCUACUGACACAAAACUCCAUCGUCAGAUUAUCGCCAGGGGCAUUUUCAAAACUGCACAACUUGGAGUUCCUCGAUUUGAGUCAAAAUAAAUUAGAAAAUGUCCCUCGAGAAAGGCUUCAGGGGUUAUAUUCAACACGGCUACUAAACAUCUCCCAGAACAUUAUAAGGGAGCUAGAAGAAUUCACCGCAGAUUUGCAAAGCCUACAAAAAAUUGACUUAUCCUAUAACCACAUUACAAGAAUUCAUAGAGAAAUAUUUCAUCGGCUACAUAAUCUUGUGGAGUUGAACUUAAGUGGAAAUUGGCUAUCAGCUAUUUCUACAGAUGCUUUUAAACAUAUGCACAAAAUAUCUGUUAUAGACUUGAGUCAUAAUUACUUCGAAACAAUUCAAAUAAAAAUGUUAACUUCAUUGGAGUCUCAGAUUAAAGCAUUAUCAUUAGAUGAGAAUCCUUUCACAUGCAAUUGUGAAUCACAGGAUGUCUGGCGGUGGAUGCAAGAUCACUAUAAAAUUAUUAUUAAAGGAAGCUACAAUUUGCGAUGUGAACAUCCAGAAGAUAUACACGGGUAUAGGUUCCUCGAGCUUCCACAUCAGAAAUUAUGCGAUGUACCAAUUGUAAUUCGUAUUGCAAUUCAAGACAUUCAAACAUAUUCUGUUGUCGUUUCUUGGCAAAGUCGAAAUCAAACCGGCUUGAACGGAUUUCAAGUGGCUUAUUUCCCCGAGGAGAAUCCUGGCGCUAUACGAGGUAAGACGAUAGGUGCCGGAAUGAGAUCUACAAGGUUAAAUCAUUUAACGCCAGGAUCAAGGUACAUUAUUUGCGUAUUAGCUUACGGGAAUUUCAGUCCUACAACAUCAUUAGACUCCUCGGUCCCAGAUGCCAGGGUAGCGCCGUCACCCGCUAACAAAAACAGCAUAUACGGAGAUGAACAAAUAAUGAAUCAUCUAAAAUCUUAUAUGAAUGAUUCCAUGACUAGUAAGUGUACAAGUGUUAGCACUAUUGAAAUAUUCGGUGCAGCUAUUGACAGCCCAUUUUCUAAUACAUAUAUGGGCAUCGCUGAUAUUCUGACCAGGAGACUCAGUUUAGUAGUCGGUUGCUGCAUUGGAUUUAUCGUGUUCGUCGUUUUGGUAUCAGCAUUAGGUUACAUCAAAAGUAAAAAGCGUCAAGUGAUUGCGAAAAGUGAAUCUCAACAGCCCCCACAAUAUAUUUCGUAUGACAACUUCAAUACUCCAAGUGUAGAAGUUCAAACAACAGAUAUGGAUAUAAAUACUAUUACGGACAAAACGAAGUCUCAAUGCAAGCAUGAGUGAGGGAUAAUCGUCCUCCAAUACGUGGGCCGACACUUGCAAACUUAAAGAGCGCUUGGGGAUCGGAUUUUUUCCAAUUUGAUUCCCUUAUGAAUAAAAUGCCACUCAUGUCGGGAUAAAACCUUUUAUACCUUCAUCGUCUUUGAAACUUUUCGGAAGUUUGACAGACAGGAAUGAAUUAUUACAACUACUGGCAAUCAAUAACGAAGCGUGUGAUAAUCGAAAAAGUUUCAAGUCACUGGGGCAUUUUAGCCAUCAACUCAAUGUUACGCGUAAAAAACAGUUUUACCUAAGCAAUUUUAUUUUACUUAAACGUUUUAAACAGAACUUAUUUGAUGAUUGCCUUUGUUUAGUGUAUAUUUUUAUUUUAAAACAACUUUUUAACUGUUUAAUAUAAUAGUGUAAAGAAUUUAUAAAUUAAGAGAUUAACGUUAAACGUUACUUUGUUCAUUUCCAAGGACAUUUAAUUGUGAUUUACAUAGAAAUAUUACUGUAAAUUUUUUAGCUUAAAUAAUAAAUCGUUUUGUAAAUUCUUAUUAUAUAACUGUUAGAUAUAAAUCGUGUUAGAAAUCACAUGUAAUCAUGAAAAUCGUUUCGAAACUGGUAAUAAUUGUAAAACAAAAUGUCAUCAAUGAAAUUCUUAAGUUAAAUUGAAUUAGUAGAUUUUAGAUUAAGGUAAAUAAACUAUUACAAGUUCACAAAAAUAUCAGAUUCAUUUAAGUGUAACAAAGAUGUACCAAAGCCCUUGAAUGUGUUUAAUUUGGUUAAUUCAAUCUAAACACAUUUUAAGCUAGUGUAAAGACUGUAGUAUUGAUAAUAAAAUUUGGAAAGAU